AUGAAUAUUCGACCUAAAGAUAUCAUCAAUUUCGACGAGACUGGGUUCCGUAUUGGCUGUCCGCGAGGAACGGAAGUAUUAGUUCCUGGAUCUAUUCAAGAGUUCGUUUCGAACCUUCUUACAAGCACACUCAUUAAAGAAGCUGAUAAUGGAUUCACGGACAAUAAAAUCGCAUUGCUAUACCUCGAGCAUUAUAUCAAAAACGCAGAUUUUGGUAAUAAGCUUGCUGCUGAGCAAGAAGCUAAAGCAAAUCUUGAAUCUGCUGCAAAACAACAACGAAUCGUCGAUAAGCUUUGGAAAGAGGAAAGAGAUGCUGAGUAUCGUAAAGGAGUCGAAUCACGCAAAGCUGAACGCGAGCGCAAAAGGACUAUACGAGAACGCCUUGCUGCAGGCUUAAUUAUUAAAGACGACGAUUCAAUACUCAUUCCAAUUCUCGAUUCGGAAGAGAUUUGGUGGAUGCAACAACCUCCUAAACGUCAAAUUCUGCGGCCUCGUAAAAAAGGUAUUCCUCGACCAACUCUUUCUCAACCUGAACCUUUUCUCGGUGAUGAUAAUCUAAUGAUUAUAACCGAUACUACCGGAGACCUUUCUUUAAAGCAAGAUAUUAUUCCUUUUCCUAGUAUUAAUAUCGAUAGCGAUAGCUUCAAUUCUGAUAGUAGUAGAGAUUCAAACGAUUCGUUGCGAAAGGUAAGAGACGAAUCAAAUUCUGAUGAAAAUAAUGAUCGAUGGUCAAAUAUCUCAUCAAAUAAUACGAUUUUAGAUGUUUCGGAAGACGAAUUUCUAACAUAUUCGAAAAAAUCCGCAUUCGCUUCCGAUCCGCAAUCGCUUAUGCCGACUAAGACUGAAAGGAUGAAAGGAGGCCCACCUAAGCGAGCCGACGAUUAG